UUCCAUAAACAUGGUUUUAGUAGCUUUCUUGUCAGCCUUAAUUUCUGUAGACACAACCCUUUUUGAACCAUGGUUUUUAUAGCCGUUUUAGGCUCGAGUAUAUGAUGACUUGUAUAGGACAUAAGACACGCCAUAAGGCCAUGUCUUAGUCUUUAGAAACUCCAACUUAAAAAUUCUUCAUUUGGGUUUAAUUUUUUUAAUGCUUAAUUAGGAAGAAAACUGGUGGGAUAGAAUGAUAACCAAAAGGGUACCAUACGUAAUCCUCCAAUUAGAGCACACCAAGUCUGUCUUCAUAUAUGUUGCUUUGUGGAGUGUCGGAUUCAAUUUGUUGUUUUGCUUUGGAUACUUAGUUUAUUAGUUUCCAAACAGUUUGAAACGAAUUUAAAAAGGAAGUAUAUAAUGGAGGAAAGGGAGACGAAGAAGAACAAGAAGAAGAUGAAGAUGAACACGAACACUUUAAAAAUGGGGAGGUGGAGAGUCUGGUUAUGCUUCAAGGAAACAUUUCUUGUCCCAACCAAGUGUUUACUUCUUAAGGUUACUACUCCAUGCUCGAGACACAAGGCCAAAGGAAAUCGUACAGGGCUAUUGAGUCUUUACAAAGAUAUGGAAUCUUGUGGAGAGUACGCAGAUAUACGAGUGAUGUGGGAGAUGAUUCAUUCAUGUCCUCAGGGUUACCCAAACAGAGAAAUGAGCAAGAGAUCUUCUUGUUGGAGAUUCUGUUUUCGUGCAACGUGAAUUAGUAGACUUGGUUUACAGAGAAGUACUAGUCCAAAGAUGCAAACUGAUAGAAAAAAAUAUAUAUAUUUGUUACUGUUGAGUUGAGAAUUAGUCUCAUUUCUGUAGAAAAGUGAAAAAAAUGGAAUAGCAAAAAGAGACCUGUGUGAAUAUCAACCCCUGUCUCUUAGUAAUAGUUUAAUAAAGUACUAUGGUUUUUCAAUCAUCCAAUUGGCUUGAACAAAUAGUUC